AGCUCUAGCAUCCAAUCCGCGUGCCCCCGCUCAUCUCAAAACUCAGACUACCCCUCCAAGUUGAAUGGGGAUUGUUUAUCGUCGGCGUCUCUCGGCUGUUUCGUCUGCCCGGCCCCCCGCGUUUGACGACAUCUCAUCACCCCUCAACAACAGUGUCGGAGAAUCGGCAUUCCACUAGCCUGACAAGAUGUCACGACCCGGUCUACUUUCAUCUGGUACCUCCGGCCAUGGCGGCCCGGUGCGUGUGGCCGUGGCCCUCCUGAAAAGCCGGCGGACGAGGUACCUUGGCCUCUUUGCUGCGCUCCUUGUUGGCAUCCGGAUCUUCGUCUUGGACUCAUCGCCGGGCGGGGUCCCGGAUGACUACGCAGCCACGAACCCGUGGCGGGACCUCCCUCCAAGCCCCGCCGUCCACGAGACCAUCCGGGAGGUUCUCUUCAUUGGGGACACGCUCCGAGACGGCAUGCUGCCCACGUCCCUGCCGGGCGACAACUACGACAUGUACUCGAAUAUGCUGAGCAGCCUCGAGACCAGGACUGACCUCACCUGGCUCGUGAUCCAAGAGACCAAUAUCGACAAGACUGUCAUGGCUAUCGCCAAUCGCGGUGGUCAUCACAGCCCCAUUCCGGAAGAGCCGCAUGACUUGCACGCGCGCGCCGAGAGACUCCAUCGUCAUUGGUUCACGCUCGCUUCUGCCAAGGACAAGCCCGAUCGAUGGGACACUCGGUUCGACACCACUUCUCUCCCUCCGCUUGUCGUCAGACACACCCCCGGCUCCGGACCCAAGACCGACUCCUCGGGUCUAGAGUUGACGGUUGAGCAGAAGCUGGCGGCCGAUGCCAAGUACAGAGCCUACCGAAAGCGCCGAGACCGCGCUGUGUCAUACCUCAAAAGCCACCCACCUAAACCCAUGGCUUGGCUACCGGUCCAGACAGAGCCUGAGGCGUCUCGGAGCGUCUGGGAGACGCUAUUCGAUGAUGGGAUCGUGCAAGCCGGACGGAAAGUGGUGGGGGGCAAGCUGGCUGGGAACCCCAUGUUCAAGCCCGUGUAUCGCGAUCUCAUCACGGAGCGUGUCCCCUACGACUGGGUCAACCCGGAUGAGCCGGCAGCGGAAUACGACGAGAAGGAACACCUAAAGAACAUGGAAACAUUUCGGGAGGAAUCGCGUGUCAGGCAGGAGAGAACGGAUCGGCAGGCAAAGCUCCAGGAGGAGCUGAGGGCCGAGGAGAGGUUGAAGCGGGGAGACAAGCAGGAACUAUGAUGAGCAUGGGUAGAUGCAUGGGCAGUGUCACAGUGGAUCAUGACUGACAGCUCCACCCCAUGUAUCGAACAGCCUUUGAUUUCCAUUCAUAUGCAUCGCCAGUCAUAAUAACAGAAAAGAAUGCUGGGACUUGUCCUUUCGUCAACCAGCAAUUUUCACCCACU